GUUGAGAAUGGAAGCAGUGAGUGAGUGACAGGGUGAGACUGGCUCCUUCCUGUCUCGGAUUGUGGGAACGGAACUUCUCCUGAUCACGUUGCUACAAUGUGUUCCCUUGGUAGCAGCAUGGCCGCUUCCAGCAGCAGAAAACUUGCCAAACUCAGCGUCGAUGAGUUUUUAACCUCCACCUUCGACUCCGAUAGUAACAAUGGCUCAGAGGGCGAUGAUUCUGCGGUCGAAGACGAGAAGAAAAGCAGCAAUCGUGAGAUAAAGGCUGGGAAGAUAAAGAAGGCAUCUCAACCCAAAGCUCAAGGGAAAAAGAUCAGAAAGACAAAAGGUGCGGCCCAAGAGCACAAAGAGCAGCUCUCGCGACUGAAGGAAAAGGACCCUGAGUUUUUCAAAUUCUUGGAGGAAAACGAUCAGAAACUGUUGAGGUUUGACGACACGGACAGCUCAGACGAUGAAGAAAACCCAAUGCACACGCUGCCAGAGGAACUCGAGUUGGCAAGUGACGAUGAGGAAGAUGAAGAACAGCAGCCAACCCCAAAGAGCAAAAAAGCAGGGGACUUAAUACCAGUCACUGUCCGAAUGGUAGACAAGUGGAAAGCAGAAGUGGAGGACAAGAUGACCUUCAAGCUGUUCCACGACAUUGUUCUGGCAUUUAAAGCUGCUGUUUCUACAACAAGAGGAGGGGAUGGAAGUGAGGAACUUGGAAAAUAUAAAGUAGAAGACACUGUAGUCUUCAAUAACCUGGUGUCAUUCUGUAUCCGAGACCUCUUCUUAGCCCUGCAGAAGCUCCUACAAUUAAAGCCAGGUGGAGACCGGAAAAAGUUAUUGCUGCCUUCCAGCAGUCCUCGAUGGGCAAAGGUCCGACAGGAUAUAAGUGCUUACUUGACUGGUCUUGUUCGGCUGUUAUCGAGUUUGACAGAGGCUUCAGUUGUGAGUGCUGUCCUGCGGCACGUGCUUCAAUUAAUAGCUUACUAUCUGUGUUUCCCAAAACACUGCCGAUUACUUCUGAAGCAAGCAGUAAACCAGUGGAGCACCGGAGAAGAGACAGUGCGAGUUCUAGCAUUCCUAAUUCUUAACAAAAUAUGCAGACACAAGCAGGAUGUGUAUCUGAAUCACAUGCUGAAGCAAAUGUAUGUAGCCUACGUGAAGAACUGCAAAUUUACAUCACCAAAUGUGCUUCCCCUGAUUAACUUCAUGCAGCGUACCUUGACUGAGAUGUAUGCGUUAGACCAUCAGAUGACCUACCAGCAUGCCUUCAUUUAUAUCCGGCAGCUUGCCAUUCAUCUCCGCAAUGCCAUGAUGAUGAAGAAAAAAGAGACUUAUCAGUCAGUCUAUAACUGGCAGUUCGUUCACUGCCUGUAUCUCUGGUGUCGUAUGUUGAGCACCAUUUAUCCCAACGAAGUCCUGGAACCGCUCAUCUAUCCACUGACUCAAGUGAUCAUUGGCUGUAUCAAGUUGGUGCCCACAGCCCGAUAUUACCCUCUCCGAUUACACUGUGUUCGAGCGCUGACCCUGCUUUCUGACAGCACCAAGACAUUUAUUCCAGUGUCGCCUUUCCUAUUGGAAAUUUUCCAACAGGUUGAUUUUAACAAGAAACCUGGCAGGAUGAGCGCUCGCCCAAUCAACUUUGCUGUGAUUCUGAAGUUGUCCAACGCAAAUUUACAGGAGAAAGCUUUCAGGGAUGGUUUGAUAGAACAGCUGUAUGACCUGACUCUGGAGUAUUUUCACACUCAGGCACACACCAUAGGCUUCCCAGAACUGGCAUUGCCUGUUGUCAUUCAGCUAAAAGCUUUUAUCAAGGAAUGUAAAGUGGCCAAUUACUGCAAACAGAUCAGGCAACUGCUGGAGAAACUGAAGGAAAACUCCACCUACCUCACCAAUAGACGGCAGAAGGUCACCUUUGGCGUGGCAGAUAAAGAGGCCGUGGGGUUGUGGGAGAAGGCGCUGAAGGAGGAAGGGACACCUCUACAGAAGUACUACAGCAGCUGGAAGAAACUGAGAGAGAAGGAGAUUGCAUUGGAGAUCACCGGCAAGGAGAGGCUGGAAGACCUGAAUUUCCCAGAGAUCAAACGCAGGAAGUUGCAGGAGAGCAAAGAGAAAGACAAGAAAGAGUUCAGGGAUCUCUUUGAGUCUGACAGUGGCUCUGAUGAUGAAAGCAGUGGGCUUAAAUCUAAAGGAGAAUCUAAGAAAGGUGAUGAAGACUUCCUGGAGGAUCUGUCUGACAUGAGCAGUGAAGAGGAUGAUGAGGAUGAGGAUGAUGCAUUAUCUUUUGAAGAUAAUUCAGACGAUGAAGAUGGAGUUUCUCCAAAAGCCAGUACCGCUGCUCCAAAGAAGUUGUCACAGGCUGACCUGAAGGCGCUUACAGAAGGAGAUCAGGAUGUUGUUGAAGAUCUGGAGUUCUCUGACGAAGACUAAUGGAAUAGGUGUAUAUGAACCCUCGAUCUGAUGGAAGUUCUGUACUUGGUGUUACUGUCCUAACCGCAUUGUUGCUGACUGCUGUUUGGAUAACUCUGAACUGCCUAAUCCUCAAAGGAGCACAGAAAUCCACUUUUACAAAACCCACUUCUAAGGAGAAAAUCCCGAGAAAAGUCAUUAACAGACAAAAUGGUGAAACCAUUAGUGAUCACCUCCCUAUGUCAUCUUCAACCGUGUGUUUCCUUAAUUUUACAUAGGCAGAACCAACUAACUACAACCUUUUGAUGCUUUACAAUAAUCAUGUUGGUAACAGCCCAGCAACAGAAAUUGGCCAAGUCUGUAGCCAUUGGAAUUGUGAUCAAGAAUUCCUGAUCCAGCAGAAUCAUCUGGAGGAGUUGAUGCUGAUCCAUAGGAAGUUGUCCUUGUAAUGACAAGGCAGUGGCACAUGAGCCAAUCCGGUAAAGCCAGGACAGCUAGUCCUGAUCUACAAUCUUUAACCUUUCACCUGUAAUUUUAAUUCAAUAUUGUCCAGGGCGACCUAUGUGCUUAAAGUCCAUGCUUACCCUGUUAUUUCCAAAUAAUUCUUAGUUAUUUUAUAUCUGAAUAAAUAAUUGGUGAGACAGUU